UGCUCCACCGGGGAACAGCGCGGCUCCUCGCUGGGAGGCGGCAGUUCACCCCUUUAACCUCGCUUACACUUCUUCAAUACUCCUCGCUAUGCCUCUGGCAUUUGGGGGAGCUCUUCAAUCCCUUAACGGGAGCACGGCGGCUGACGCGCUGAGACCUGAGGAGGCGUGGCUCCGCACCGGAAAAACCUCCGGUUGCCCGGGGAACGCCACGCACCACGGCGCCUGACCCGCCACUGAUGCUUGGGCUGAGCCAGAGGCUACCGCUUCACCCAACUUGCGGAGGCGGCUUUGCUCAGGCCCAGGAAUCCUUCCUGUGGAGACCUAGAGAGGAAGGCUGAGGGACGCCCGCACCAUAUUUCCGUUGCCGAGAGGGAUACGAGCGAGUGCGUCCAUUCCUGUUCUUCAGCAGCUCCCGGGCCCGCAGGACUAAUCUCAAAGACCAGCUGGUUUGUAAAUACUUGACUCACAUUAUGGGAUUGCUAGACAGACUUUCAGGCUUGCUUGGCCUGAGGAAGAAGGAGGUUCAUGUUUUGUGCCUUGGGCUGGAUAAUAGUGGCAAAACAACAAUCAUUAAUAAACUUAAACCUUCAAACGCUCAAUCUCAAGAUAUAGUUCCAACGAUAGGAUUCAGCAUAGAGAAAUUCAAAUCGUCCAGUUUGUCUUUUACAGUGUUUGAUAUGUCAGGUCAAGGAAGAUACAGAAAUCUCUGGGAACACUAUUAUAAAGAAGGACAAGCCAUUAUUUUUGUCAUUGAUAGUAGUGAUAGAUUAAGAAUGGUUGUGGCCAAAGAAGAACUUGAUACUCUUCUGAAUCAUCCAGAUAUUAAGCACCGCCGAAUACCAAUUUUAUUCUUUGCGAACAAAAUGGAUCUUAGAGAUGCAGUGACAUCUGUAAAAGUGUCUCAAUUGCUGUGUUUAGAGAACAUCAAAGAUAAACCAUGGCAUAUUUGUGCUAGUGAUGCCAUAAAAGGAGAAGGAUUACAAGAAGGUGUAGACUGGCUUCAAGAAGACACUGGCAAUAGGUAGGAGAUAGCAAGUCAACUUUGAGGAGUCAGACCAGACUAAGAGAAAAGACCUAAAGGUAUUAACAUCAGAAAUUCUCAAGAAAACGGCUUAGCUAGAUACACUAGACUGAAGAUCACUUUUGACAAGCCUCACACAUGUAACAAAAUUCCAAUCAGCUUUAUAGUGUUCACUCAUACAUAUGAGAAGAUAGCAAAAGAUCACCAAGUAUUUGAAGAUCAAAACAUUAGAAUUAUGGAACAUAAACAAAAAAAGCAGAUUAGAGGAAGACUAUUUAGGGAGAACAUUUCAAAAAACUAUUAGAGUAGCUUCAAAGAGAUAAGAGAGAAUGUAUUACUUUCAUGAAUAUGACAAGAAUACUACUUGAAAAAUAACAAAAAAAAUGAGUUCUUGGAAAAUAAUAAUAGAAUAGUAGAAAUGGAAAACUCAAUAAAAAGAAGAUAAAAAAGAGACAGUCUCUCAGAAGGUGCAAAAAAGACAAAGAAUGGAAAGAAAAGAUAGAGUAAGGAAUCAUUUUAGGAGGCUCAAUAACCUAAUAAGAAGUUCUAAAAGAGAGAACAGAGAAAAAAGAGGGGAGAAAGUCAUCAAAUAAAUCAUCAAACAGUAUUUUCCAGAACUAAAUGAUGAGUUUUUAGUUGCAAGGCCCCUUGAGAGCCCAAUGCAGUGGAUGAAAAUAUUCCCACACCAAGGUGCAUCAUUAUUAAAAUCGACACUGUAAGACAGAGGAAGAUUCUACAAGUUUCCUGAGAAGAAAAUAAGAGGUUUCAUCUAGAGGAUAAGGAAACAAAGUAGCAACAGAUUCUCACCAGCAACACUUGGAAGCAAUGCCUGGAAGAAUCUAAGGAGAAAAUAAUAUUCUCUGGCAGUAUCAGUGUAUUAUAACUGUAUGAUUAAGACAUCUUCAGCCAUGUAAAGUCUGAAGAGUUCACUUUCUAUACCAUUUACUAAGGUAGCCACUGAGGUGUACUGAUCAAAAACAAAAGAAUAAACCAACAAGAAAAAAAAAAUAAGGGAAAUAGGAAAAUCUGCACAAGAGAGUUGGGAAGGAAUCCCUAGGAUGAUAGUGGAGAUCCUAGAGUGAUAAUGAAAGAUCUCAUAUGAAAAUAACUGGGCAAACAUGGAGAACAACUGGUUCAGAUUAAAUAGUUUUACACAAGACUAAGGGAGAGUUCUUUAAGAAAGUGAAAUUGAUUGUGUAUUAUGCUUCAUAAUAGUAAAGGUUGAAACAGUGUGAGAGUAGUGGGAUUGAAUUAAUGUUAAGUACAUUUUUUUAAAAAAAAACUAAAGCAGGGUUGGGGAUGAAGAACAAUUAAUAACUGCAGGGAAAACAAAAUGUAGUAGAAGAAAGGAAAAGUAACUGGGGUAUAUCACUCGUUUCAGCUGUGAAUAGCAUUCAUAUAGUCAUCCUAUUGAUGACUACAUCACUGUGUUAGGAAAAUGGGAGUAUUGGUCACAUGAUGAGCGUGGCAGAAGAACAGUGUACAAGUGUGUGAGAACUGAAGCCCCUUAUUACAUUGAAGGAACUGAUAUUUCAAGAAGUAACAAUAAAAGCAUAUUAUUUAGAGAUACACAGGUAAUCACCUAAAAGGGAGUUGAAAGUAGUUGCCUGUGAAAGGAGAAAGAGGGGAUGAGGCAAGGAACUGCUUUUUUUAAUACAAGCCUUGUAGAACUAGUUGAUUUUAAUUAGGUGCAUGUACAAUGACAGAAAUACAAACUAUAGUGUGAAUUGUGCUUUUAAAAAGAAAACAGCGUACACAUAGGUUUCUACCAUGUUCUCAUGGAUAUGUCUUGGAUUACUUUAGAGAAUGGGUUUUGCCCUGUAGAGACUGAUAAUUUUUUAUUUGGUU